AUGCUCCCCUCCAAAAUCUCCACAGAGCGUCUCACCCUCCUCCGCCUUACAAACACGCGCCCAUCCCACCCGCACGUUCAGCUCUUCCACGAAAACUGGUCCAACCCCACCGCAACCGCCUGGUCCCUCCGCGGCGCCACAAAAUCGCUAGACGAAAGCCGGGAGUGGAUGAUCGAAUCCCUCGACCGAUUCGACAACUACUUCUACGCCGUAUUCGCGCAGGAAGACGAAAAGGAAGAAUUGGGAGUUCACAUCGGAAGCGUAAGCCUGCGCCUUCAACACUCGGGUCCCACACUCCCUCCUCCUCCUCCUCCUCCUCCUCCUCGCCGCCACACUGUCUCCCCCAGUCCCGAAGAGCAUGAAGAAAGUGGAGAACAAGACGUCAAUCUUCGCGCACUGGGGUACGCCAUGUUUCCUACAGCGUGGGGAAGGGGCUACGGCACUGAAGCGAAUCGCGGCCUACUCAAUGCCUAUUGCGCAGCCAUAAGGCAGCAGCGCGGGGGAAAAGGGACGAGUUACGUGGAAGCGGCGGUAGAUGACGAGAACGCAGGGAGUCUAGCUCUGAUACGAAAAUUAGGCUUCGAAUGCGUAGGGUGGAAGGAGAGUGAAAAGGUAUGGUUGAAUGGAGGGUGGAGGGAGGGAUAUUGGGUGUAUGGGCUCCACAUCUAUCCAUUUCCAACAUAA